CACAAAACCCCAGCGCGCGCCCUCCCGUGUGUUUGUGUGCGCGCAUGACACCGGCCGACAUGGACUUUCGCGGAGUGUUCCGACACCACUUGGCGGAUUACAGCGACGACGCGGAGCCCGAGACGGGCAAGGCGCCGUCGGCGUGCCCGGACGAGCGCUUCGACAGCGGCUUGGGAUCGCUGAAGGAGGACGAGCUCGUCCACGACCUGGAGCUCCUGGCCGUGCACGACGGCGAGGCGCGCGUCCUCGACUACGAGCCGUGGAGGAGCGUCGUGACCGAGGAAGGUGACACGCUUCUGCACUUGGCUGCCAUCCAUGAGGCCGGUGAACAGGCCCAGCAGAUGAUCAAACUGUCCCACGAUCACCCCUUCCUCAACGUCCAGAACCACCAAAGACAGACGGCGCUGCAUUUGGCCGUGAUCACGGAGCAGCCCCAGCUGGUGGAAAGGCUCCUGAAGGCGGGAUGUGACCCGCGACUGGCCGACGAUGGCGGCAACACGGCGCUGCACAUUGCCUGCAAGCAAGGCUCCCUGGCCUGCUUCGGCGUCAUCACGCAACACUGCCAACGUCACCUGGGCUACUUGCUGUCUUUCCCAAACUACGCAGGACAUUACUGUCUUCACCUGGCGUCCAUUUACGGCUACAUCUCAUUGGUGGAGAGUCUCGUUCGGCUGGGAGCGGACAUCAACGCACAGGAACAAUGCAGUGGCAGGACGGCGUUACAUUUGGCGGUGGACUUCCAGAACCCUGCGCUGGUCCGUCGUCUCCUGGACCUCGGCGCCGACGUCAACUGCUUAAACUACGGCGGCUUCACGCCCUACCACCUCACGUACGGGCGCCAGGAUGAGGACAUACGCGGCCAGCUGCAUGAGAAGACGGCGCUGGACAUGAGGGCUUUGCCCGACUACGAAACGGACAACAGCGAAUCGGACGACAGCGACAUGGAGACGUACGACGACAUAAAGUUUGGGCAGUAAAAUCUACCGCUGCUGCUGUCGAGAGAGUGAGAGAGAUAUCAAAGACCCGCCUGGAAGGUCCAAGCAGUGCUGGCCCUGGCAGUCCCAAGAAGGAAGACGGUGUGUCCGGUCCGGUCCAGAAGACCCCCAGUUGUCUCGGAAGCCGUAUAAGGACUUGAAUGGCGUGUAUAAAAGUGUAAAUACAGAGAUAUUAUUUUUGUACGUGUACAUAUGCUCAAUCAAACACUACCAACUUGCUUCAUGAUUAAAAAGAAGCCUAUAAGAAUGAA